ACAGCAGUUCUCAACAUUUUACGGUGAACAAGAGAGCAUGGCUACAAGCAAGAAGGCACAUUUUUGGUCCGAGCAGGAAACGAUGGUAAUGUUAGGUAUUCUGAAAGAAAUGGAUAUCAUGAAGUGCCUUGAUGGCCGUAAGAACAGGAAUGGUGACAUAUUUAAAAGAGUUGCAGACAGAAUCGGAGAGGAAGGUUACGUACGUUCGGCUGAACAAGUGCGCACCCGCUGGAAAAUCCUAAAAACUAGCUAUUAUUGGGCGAAAAAACAGAAUAACACCAGCGGUUCUAAUCCUUCAUCUUUCCCGUAUUUUGAAAGUAUGCAUGACAUACUCGGUCAUCGACCUUUGUCCAACAUUUCCGAGAGUGGAGUGGACACUGGGUUUGAGGAGGACGAGGAUGCAGCGGAACACCCGAAUUCAGUGGACGAGAGUGUCGUUGGGGAUGAAGUGAGUUGUCUAGCUCGCCAGGAGGAAAUGAACAAGUAUGCAGAUGAAGAUACCUCAUCAUCAGGUGAUACGUCUGGUACUCAAGAGGAAAGCUUUUCAGCCACAGCAACAGAUGUCGACCCACCCAGGAUACAAGGUUACUCUCGAAGAAAGAAGAAAGCGAGAGGCACUGUGAUCUCUCAGCAUCAGCAGUUAAUCAUGCAGAUGAUGAGGCAACAAAAUGAAUGGUUUCAAAACCAAAUCCAGCAAUCCGAGCAAAGAGAGGAGAGACUCCUUAGUGCUUUAAUUGAGAGCAAUGUCCGUUCCACCAAGUGCCUGAUAUCAGUACUUGAGGGAUUCCAAAGCACCCAGCCACAGCCAAUGUUUGCACCUCCUUCACUGCAUCCCCAACACUUUCAAUAUUUUUAUCACACACAGCCAUCUAAGUCUCCCAUGCAUGGUUCUACUGUGUCAAAUACAUCCGCUGCUGAACAUGGGUCAGAAGAAGCAAAUAACAAUGCUCGAUCGUACACUCACCUGUGAGCAGCCUGCCAUUAGGUUAGCAGACAACCUGUGUAUGUAAAAUAGUUUGUGAAUGCCUGUAUUGGCUUCAGUUUAAAUAUGUUUGCCUACCUCAUAUUUGCCUGUGUUACAGGAAAGAAUGUGCCUUGUCUCUUGUUAUAUAAGAUUGCUUAGUAAGUGAAACUUACACCCUGGAUGAGGUUAAAAUGUUUUUUUAUUUUUUAUUUAAACCUCUAUUUUUUGUAAAGUAAUAUUUAACAUAAGUGAGCAGAACUUGAAGAGGUCCCUUUUUCAUUGUCCUUUUUGUUGUCCUUUUUUACACUUCAAACCUGUGUGCAGUGUUCCUGGAAUCAAAGCAUAUAAAACCCAACAUAAA